AUAAAUCCCUUCCCUACGGUCCUAACUCAUCCCCACCGCAAGAACAAGGAAAAGGAGAGGAUGGCGUCACCGGCAAGGAGACCCCUGGCCGCCGUCGUGUCCGUCUUGGACGCCGCGUCGUGGUACGUCGCGCUGGCCCUGGUGGCGGUCGUGCUGCUGAGCUCGCUGCGGGAGGGCCCGGCGACGGCGGAGCUGGAUGAGCCGACCAGCGGCGGGCGGCUCGUCGCCCGCCCCUGCGACGAGAUCUACGUGGUGGGCGAGGGGGAGACGCUGCACACCAUCAGCGACAAGUGCCGCGACCCGUUCAUCGUCGAGCGCAACCCGCACAUCCACGACCCCGACGACGUCUUCCCCGGCCUCGUCAUCAAGAUCACCCCCUCCAACCCUAUGUAGAUGCACGAUUCCCAUGUCUAUCUGUCAUGAGAGCACCGUGAUCGUCUCACGUACAUAUAAAUAUACACGUCUACGUACACAAACUAUUUAGUUCA